AUGGGUAUUACAGAAAACGAACCCACACCUCUACGAUCCACGGAGGGAUGGAUCAUCAUUGUCGACAACCUACAUCCAGAAAUUAGUGAGGAGGAUCUCACAGACUUCUACAGCACAUACGGAGAUGUCCAGGUAGCCCACGUCAACCUGGAUCGAAGAACUGGUUACGCCAAAGGGUAUGCUCUCCUCCAGUUUGCCACCAAGGACGAUGCCGAUACAGCUAUUGCAGAGACUAACGGAGUUGAGUUUCUGGAGCACAACCUGGAGGUGUCGUUCGCCUUCCAUGAAGCAGACACCUCCAUUUCACAACAUCGAAUUCGUGGAUCUGAGAAUCGGAGCAGGAGUCCUGGACGAAGACGAUAG